UUUUGACAACCACUCAAGUUUCAAGCCAUACCCUUUGCUCUCUCUUAAAAACAUGAUAAAGUAUUAUCAUCUUUUCAAAUUUGCGAGAUCCAAAGGUUUCCCAGUCUCAAAUAAAAAAUGGUUUUAUCAAAGUAGUUUCAUUAGAUCACAACACUUUCUAUGCUACCCACAACAGCCACAACCACCUGUAGAAGUACCACAUCCAACUGAAAAUGUUAGAAACAUAUGUUAUGGUACUACACUUAGUUAUGUUACCCAAUAUCGUAGUAAUCAUCACCAUGCUCAACUUUCGACGUUACACAAGCCAAGUUUCCCCGACCAUGAUGGGGGCAACCGACACGAUUACCAUGUGUCCAUAAAGGAUAGAGAUGUUAUUUGCGCGGCUCAUGGGCCUAAGUUCGAGUACUGGCUCCCCCAGUCCAACCUAGACCUACUCCUACCACCACACCAUGCUGGAGUUUUCUUUUGUUACCAAAAACAGAAAGACACUUCAAUGUCACCCGAAACUGUCAUAAAGACCAUAAAAAAUUCUUUGUCUGAGGUAUUAUCUACGUUUUACCCGCUAGCCGGAGAGAUAGUACCAAACAGUCAGGGGGAGCCCGAAGUGUUGUGUAACAACAGUGGGGUCGAAUUUGUGUAUGCUCAUGCUGACGUGGAGCUGGAAAACCUAGAUUUGCAUCAUCCAGAUGAAACCGUGAAUGGAAAGUUGGUCCCAGAUUUAAAUCGUGGUAUUCUUUCGGUUCAGGUAACAGAAUUCAACUGUGGAGCAAUAACUGUAUCCUGUACUUUUGAUCAUCGUAUAGGUGACGGGACCUCCCUAAACAUGUUCUUAGUUGCGUGGGCCGAGUAUGCCCGGUUUAAAAAAAUUUCCAACAUCCCAUCCUUCCGCCGUUCAAUCCUAAACCCACGACGCCCACCUCAUUAUAACACAGUGUAUGACGAUUUUUACCUUCACCUAUCAUCUCUACCUCCACCUCCUUCUGAAGAGAACAAACCUCAUAGUCGCAUCUACUAUAUUCACGCUGAAUCGAUCAACAAUCUUCAACAUGAAGCAAGUUCAAAAGAAAUCCGAAGAAGCAAAUUACAAUCUUUUGUUGCAUUCAUAUGGAAGUUAAUAGCUCAAGAAGGCCAUAAUGAACCAAACAAAACAUCUAGAAUGGGUGUUGUUGUUGAUGGACGGAAACACUUGAGUGGAAAUAGGGAGCAAGUAUCAUCCAUGUUAGCAAACCACUUUGGAAAUGUAGUAUCAAUUCCAUAUGGAGUGUUGAGUAAUCAACAUCUUCAGGAAAUGCAACUUAGUGAAGUCGCAACCAAGGUUAACAAGUUUGUGACUGACGCUACACAAGAAGAACAUUUUAGGGGAUUGAUUGAUUGGGUAGAGUUGCAUCGACCUCAGCCAGCAUUUGCAAGAAUAAAUCUUAAGCUACAAGAGAACGAUGGGGACACUAUAGUUGUGUCAUCUGGACAAGGUUUACCGAUUAGUGAGACAAAUUUCGGAUGGGCGCAACCAUAUUUUGGGUCGUAUCAUUUUCCUUGGGGUGGUCAUACAGGAUAUAUAACCACAAUGCCGAGUACCAAGAAGAAUGGAGAUUGGAUUGUGUAUGCGCAUCUCAAACAAAAGCACCUGGAUUUGAUCGAGAGCAAAGCACAACAUGUCUUCAACCCGAUUACACAUUCUUAUUUAAGGUUUCAUUAAGCUACCUGAGCAUCCAAUCUUUACUUCAGUUAUGUUGUAUUUUAAUCUGGGUAUUUUCUUAUAUUAGUUUCUAUUUAGGUUAUAAAGUAGGGCUUUAAGAACUUUGAUUAAGGAUAUGUGUUUCCUUGAGUUGUUUUAAUUUAUUAGAUUGUAUUGUUUGGUUGCAUGUU